UUGCUCGUUCACUUGUUCUCAGUAGUAAAGCAAAGUUCGUUGAGAGGAGUGGUUCAUCAUACAUUUGGAGCGAAACACAAACUCAACGAAACAAUUUCUGCUUGUUUUCACAUAUAUCGUAAUUGUGAAUCAAAUUUAGUGCCUCUAAAAGAUGGCAACUACCAAAGACGACCCCGCCGACAGUGUACAAUUCUUCGAAGGCGUGGAGAAACUGCUCGAGAUUUGGUUCACAAGCAGCAAUAGCAUAAACAGAAAGCAGGGCGAUCUCAGGCAAAUUCCACAAUGGAAAUGGCAGUCGUUACUAAAGAUCGUUCGUUGUGAGAUAAUCAGUAUUUGCCGAACCGAGCAAGUGGACGCUUACGUCCUCAGUGAGAGCAGUAUGUUCCUAUCAAAGCGCAGACUUAUAUUGAAAACAUGUGGUACAACUACACCACUUCAAUGCUUGGAACCCCUUUUAGAGCUUGUCAAAGAAUAUACUGGAUAUGAAGAAGUGGAGAAUGUAUUUUAUUCACGAAAAAAUUAUAAAAAACCGGAGUUACAGAUAUCCCCGCAUCAAGCAUUUGAAGAAGAAGUUGCUUUGCUAGAUACAUUCUUUCCUGAUGGGGAAGCCUAUUGUCUGGGCUCUGUAGAUUCAGAUUGUUGGUACUUAUAUACUUUAAACAGAGAAAAAUCAGUAGAUGAACCUUCAGAACCAGAUCAAACUUUAGAAAUCCUCAUGACUCAUUUGGACCCAGAAGUAAUGGCUCUUUUCACUAGAGAAGUAUGCUCUUCAGCAGAUGAAGCAACUCAGAAGUCAGGAAUUGAUAAACUUAUUCCAAAUAUGAUUAUAGACGAUUUUUUGUUUGAACCGUGUGGAUAUUCAAUGAACGGAGUAUCUAAAAAUGGAAAUUACAUGACUAUUCACAUUACACCAGAACCAGAAUUUUCCUAUGUUUCAUUUGAGAGUAACAUUCCAGAAACAUCGUACGAGGAAAUAAUACGACGUGUGCUGAAUACUUUUAAACCACAAAAAUUCGUUGUUACUAUCUUUGCUAACAAAGAAUCAAUAGCUGCUAGUUGUCCACGUGAUUUGGAGCAAACUGAUUAUCUCAAAUGUUCUGGCGAUUGGUUGCGUACAGAUGUUCAAUAUUGCCGCUUCAAGAAUUAUGAUUUGACCUGUGCAUUUUACUCAAGAUUUCCAAGCUGAGGGUUCAUGGACGCUUCAUUCGAUCCUAAUCAGUUAGGAACAAAUGAAGCGCGCACAAAACUUUCUCAAACCUCUUUAUCUUUAUCCAAUUCCAUAAACGAAGCAAAGAAAUAUAA